CUGCUAUCUGGCAGCGUUGCGCUAUUACGCAACACAACAAAUUUCAGCCGGCAGCAGAAGGUAGAUAGCAACUGAUUACACGCAGCAUCGCGAAUUGAUAACAAGUACCGCUACUGAUAAAAUAAAGGCAUAUAAAUAAAACACGACUUAGCGCAGCUCAUCACCUAAUAACUACCAAAAUGGCAAAAUUGGACGAGAAAAUAGGUUUCAUUGGCGGUGGCAAUAUGGCCUUUGCUAUUGGUUCCGGGCUUAUAAACAGGGAGUUUGUAAAAACCUCUCAAGUGAUUGUGUCGGGUCCGAACAUCGAGAACCUGGCACGUUGGCGAGAAAUAGGCAUUGCCACCACGGACGAUAACUACGAAGUGCUAGACAAGGCGGAUAUUAUUUUCAUAUGCGUAAAGCCACAUAUUCUAACACCGAUGGCUGCUCAAUUAUGUAGUCUACAUUCCCCCACAUUAAAAGACAAAGAUAAACUUUUUGUGUCGGUGCUGGCUGGGGUUAAUCUCAAGACAUUGGAAGAGAAAUUUUCCUUUAUUAAUGGCCUAAAAAUGAUACGCACUAUGCCCAACACACCCAUGCAAAUUGGCGAGGGCAUUACUGUGUACACACCUGGUUCCUAUGUAAAGCAACAGGAUUUGGAGAAACUACACAUGAUGUUAAACUCCCUGGGCAUCGCCCAGCAAGUGCCGGAAGCUAUGAUAGAUUCUGUUACAGGCGUAGCUGGUUGCGGGCCAGCAUUUGUGUAUACUAUAAUUGAGGCAUUGGCUGAUGGUGGUGUUAAGCAGGGGGUGCCAAGACAAAUGGCGCUGCAAUUUGCGGCACAAAUGCUGCUGGGAUCUGCUAAAAUGGUAAUGCUGACUGGUAAACAUCCAGCGGUGUUACGAGAUGAGGUUUGUUCUCCUGGCGGUGCAACUAUUGUAGGUGUGCAUGAACUGGAAAAGGGCAACUUGCGUGCAACGCUAAUCAAUGCAGUAGAAAAAUCCAGUCAACGUGCAGCUGAGCUUGGCAAGAAAUAAACGUGCGGCUACACUCAUUCCCAUCCAGUAAAAUAAAGCAUUUGUGACAAUUUUACCAUGGAAAAAACUCUCGAACAUUCAUACCUUUAUUCAGUAAAGGCAAUUUUUCAUAAUUUACGUCUAAUCAUACUUAUUAGCUAAAUAAUUAAAUAAAAAGAUUCGUGUUCGCAUUUGCAAAGCUGAUUA